GAGACUGGCUCCUCAGGUCAGAGAUCCUGAGGGAAGGAGACCAGCCAAGCUCCAGUGCCCAAGACAGAGCCGCAGUCCGUGGGGAACCCGGCCCAGGUCCUGCCCACCAUCCCAGGCUCCAUCGCACUGAAAAUGUCCUUUCUGGAGGAGAACACGGGGGUGGAGAUGGACUCUGCAGGCCACGAGAGAGCUGAACCCCAGCGUAGCUCAGAAGCCCCGGCCGGAGGCGCCCUGGAACCAGGCCCAAGUGUCACCUCCUUCAGCCCUGCACACGCAGAAAUGGUCACCACCAUCCCGGAGAAGUUCAGCGUCUAUGACCAGGACCAGAAGGUGGUGGUGCUGGACUGCGGGACCCUCAUGGCCGUGCCCAACAAGCACUACAUUCUCCCAGAGACCUUCUCUGUCUUGGCCUCUCGCUUGUGCUCAGCCUAUGAGGAGAAGGGCAGUCCGGUUCUCUUGGCGGUCUCUAACGGAGAGCUUUGUCUUUGCUGUGAAGAGGACAAUAGCAAAAGCUACCCGUCCCUUCAGCUGAAGAAGCAGAGUUUGGAAUACGUGGCUGCCCAGGAAGAAGCACAGCGACUGCCCUUCACCUUCUACAGGGCGAUGGUGGGUUCUUGGAACACACUGGAGUCAGCUGCCCACACCGGCUGGUUCCUCAGCACGUCCUUCAACGCUGGGGAACCUGUGGAGAUGACGGAUAGUCUUGGGGGCAACAAAUACACCGAGUUUUCGUUUGAGCACGUUGGCAAAGCCGCCGUGAGCCCCAGCAAGGCCUUCCCUCCUUCUGUGAUGAAAUAA